AUGAAGGAGAGACCAGUUUCACAAGAAGAUACUAUAAACCGAAAUAAUACAUAUCGCAACGGAAAUUUAUCAAUUCAAACCAUAAAACAAGAUGCUUAUAACGUUUUGUCAGUUUUAAAAUCAUAUGUAAAUAAUAUCUCCGGAUAUUCAGCAACCUCAAACCUGGUACCUAUACUAGGAACAGAUUUUUCUGUACUAAAAACAAACGAACAAAGAUUAAUUAAAAAGUUCAAAAAAUUGACAUCAGUGUCGGUUACAGAGGAAAGAAAAUAUCUAGAACUCGAACACCUGCAACCAUUUUUCGAAGUCUUUAAAACUUUUGAUACAAGAUAUGUUAAGCUACUUAUAAUAUGCGUUGAAUCGUUGGCCAAUUUGGCGAGGAAUGAUUUGCUUUGUUUUGAAGAGAAGGAUGCCAGUCUAUUGGUGAAUAAGAUAUUUACUGAGGUUUUGAACGUUUUCGCAAACGUACUAGAGCUGAAGGAAGAUUUUCUGUUACUAAAAACAUUCGACUGCUUUGAACACCUAUUUCGCUCAUAUUACGGAAAUCUGAUCACUAACGAAAAUAUGUAUAACUUGCUGAAACUAAUUUUGUCGCUACUGAGUAAUCGAAAUAGGAACGCUUUUUUCAAGAAGGUCUUUUACACAAAAGCGAUAGACUUGUUGUUGAGUGCUUUUGGAAAUACACAAAAAUACGGAGGACAAAAUAAAGAGUUGUAUAGAAGAGUGAAUACAGUGUGUUUGUUCCUGAGUUUGAUGAGCGGAAUCAGCAUAAGAUUUAACUCUCUGGGCUACUACAUCGAGGACUCGUACCUGUGUUUAGGGGACAAGGAUACAAUGCUGGUUUUGAGAUCCCAUCUUACGCCAAUCCUGACUAAUUUGUCAAGUGUUCCGACAAAUUUCUCAGAAUUCGCAGACGAUAUGAGAAGAAUGAGCUUGCUCCUGUUCAACAACGCAAUAGAAUGUAAAAUGCUGGACCUGUCAAACGUAAAUUUGGUCCCAAUUCUGCAGUCGCAUUUCAGCCACUCAUUGUACAAGCUUUUUUUUACAGAGUCAAUCACGCUGUAUUCACUGGUGCUGAGAAGUUUCUGGAAUUUGUACAUUAGUUUUAGAUUCUACUUAAAGUCGCAAGUUGAGUUGUUCCUAAACCACAUGAUAACGUCAGUAAUGAACCAGAUAUCGACAGCAAAAAGGUCGAGGAUAGAUAUACUGGAAAUGAACUUGGAAUUUCUGGAAGAACUCUCCAAAAAUUCAUAUUUGUUGCUUGAGAUGUAUUUGAACUAUGAUUGCGAUGUUAAGUGCUCGAACCUGUUCAACCUCUUCGCCAAGUGCCUGGUUAUGUGCCUGUCAAUAAACAAUGAAAGUGAGUUUAACGCCAAUAAAUUCGACCAUUCGAAGUCGAAGAAGGGGCCGGCUAAAAACAACACGAAAAAGACAACAACACAGUACAAGUCAACGACUAACGCGUCAGAAAACCUGCCGCAACUAAACUUGGAGAUGUUUUCACUGAAUGUGUUGCAGAAUAUAGUUAAAUUUGCCAUUGCAGACCAAACACUUUAUAGUAAUCCGAACCCCAAUAACUGUAGCAAUUACCAAACGUCUAGAGAGGAAGAUGAUAAGAUAAAGGAGAAAAAUUAUAAGGAAACGAUGAUGAAGUGUAGUUUAGAGUUUAAUAAUUCAAAGGCAGACGAGUGGAUAGAAAGUGCUAAAAAUUUAGGAGUACUUUCAAAAUACUGUACUGAAAAUGAAGUGGCAUUAUUUCUUAAAUGCUCACCUGAACUCGACCUUAAAAAGGUAGGAGAAUAUUUGGCAACACAUAAAAACCCUAAAUUCAUGGACAUGGUGAGAGCAAACUUCUGUGAGCUGAACCACUUCUCAGGAGUGCCAAUCGUGAUGGCAAUCAGGACUUUUCUGUCAUCUUUCAGACUACCAGGCGAGUCCCAGCAAAUCGAAAGACUAAUUGAAGCGUUUGCAAAGAUUUACUUCAAGUCGCAGCCACUGGUUAAUGAUCAGGAAUCUGAAGUAUCAAACGCGAAACAUGAAUCCAAAGAUUUAAAUGGAACUAAAACAGAAAAUCCCAGUUUGAUCUCAGAAGAUUCUGAACAGAAUGAGUUAAAGUUGGCAAGAUGGGUGAUACAGGAGGAUUUUUAUCACAAACAUAGACCAAUACAGCAGAAAUGCAGCCAGUUUGAUUUUAGUGGAGAUGACUCUAGUAAUUGCUCAGAUUUGGAAACAUCAGGUAGUUUUGAAGGUUGCACUAACAACCAUAAUCAUUCAGGUGAUGUGGAUAAAACAGAUGAAGCGACAAAUAGCUGCUUUGAUUAUACGAUGGCGUCAAAUUGGACCAAUAACGUUGAUAUGUAUAAGUACUUUUUGUCAAACGAGGUUGAGAGUUUAAUUUGCAGACAAAAUUAUGAAAAGAUAUGCCAAUACCUCAAAAAUACGCCAGUUACGAUGGAAACACAGAGCACAAUUAACGAUAUAAAUAAUAAUGGUGAAACUGAGACUAAUAGAAGUAGUUUUAAUAAUGUGGCGCCAGUAAGUGAGUCUGGGAAACCAACAAACAGCUCAUCGAAUCCAACAUUAAAUAGUCAAGUGGGAAACGAAAAGGUAAAACUCGAACAUAAGCCAGGGUUUGCAUAUAUUCAAGACUAUAAUGCAAUAUUUGUCCUGUGUUACUCAAUUAUAAUGCUUAAUACUGACCUCCACAAUAGCCAAAUAAAGAAUAAAAUGAAGUUGGAAGAUUUUAUAAGGAACAACAGAGGUACAAAUGACGGAAAGAACUUCCCGUCAGAGUUCUUGCAGGACAUUUACAAGACAAUCAAGUAUCACGAAAUCAAGCUUCACUCGAGUCUAACACUAAACAAUUCAACACAUUAUGAACCAUAUCUGUGGUCGGAUUAUGUUCUACCGAGGCAGAAACAGCUAUCGCCAUACGUACAAUUGACAACUACAGAUAAUAUUUAUGAAGUAUCAGAUGAAAAAAUUAGGAAGGAGAAAGCGGGAUUGAUGUUGCUGUCAAAACUGACAGAUGGUGGGUUUAACGCAAAUUUCAGGCUACAUCUGUUUGAAGUGCUCUUGAAUAAUAAAAUCUUGGAGUUUUUAGACCAAUUGUUUUCAUACUGUAGAAACGUACAGCUCUUGAAAAAAACUGUGGAGUUGUUCUGGCUAAUAGUAAGCCUGGCAUUGAAAUAUUCGAGACAUGAUUUAGUAAAUAAAGUGUUCCAACUCCCGAGUAUCGACGUGAGUUAUUCAAUGGGAUACAAGUGCCAAAUAUCAAUUUCAUUUAUUCUGAACAUGUUGGCAGUGUGUUCGGAGUAUUUUGACGAGAGUUCUUGGCAGAAGAUGCUGGACAUUGUGACGGGGUUCUACUGUUUGAACCUCCUUCCGCCGACGUUUGCAGCACUUGACGGCGAUCAUAGACUAUUUGCAUCAAAUACCUACGCAGAUUUAUCAGUUCCAAGUAUCCGCUUCAAGCGCAUAACUGACAAGAAGAGUAACGGCUGGUUGGUUGGCCUGUCAAACCUGAUGGUGUUCACAAAGGGUUCAAGCCCCGAGGCGUUGAAGGCAUUAAACAAGUACAACGUGGAGGGAGAAGAUGCAGAAACUUUCCUGUUCCUGUUCGACGUGCAGGCGAGCUCUGAUGAUCUUGUGCAAAACAAGUUCUUCGACGUAUAUUUGCUGAGGAACAAGUUCAGCCCAGUCUACUCGAGCGAGGACGAAGCAACGAUUAAUAACGUGACAAAAACACUAUCAAGUGAGUCAGACCGAGAAGAAUUGCUACCGCCAAUACUUACAUACAUCAACCUCAGAUUAGCAUUCCUAAACAUAUAUAAGUUGGAUGAUCUAUUCACGGGUGCAAUCCUUACUUGUAACCAUGAUUCUUUCAAGUUAUUUCUGUCUGUGAUAAUGGAUAACAUAUUAUCGCACUCCAGUGACGGUGGGAAGUAUUGUGAUAGAUACAGUGAUGGCGAGAGGGAUAAAGAUGGGUUUGGAAGUAUCUUGGACCCAAAUCACUCGGAAUUGGAUCAAUUCAGAGAUAAUAUAACCUCCAUCUUUAACCUGGGAAUCUUUUCAAGACUAACACUUCUGACUUUAACUAACUCAUAUAAUAACCAAGAUAAUUCGGAUGAUAUAAAUGAGGUUAAUGGAACUAAUGGAAAUGAUAAGAAGAGGAUGGUGUUGACGUAUUUUAUAGAGUUAUUUUACAUAGUUGCUAGGAAAAUGGUAGUGAAGAAUUCAGUGAAAUAUCUGCCAACAAGAGAAGGUUUAUAUCAAUUUUUCAACCUCAGCCUUGAGGAAAGUUUGAAAAGGUUUGAUUCAAAGGUUCCAUUGGAUGAUAAGCUGCCGAAUUAUGUCACAUUUAUAUUGCUUAACCUGGUUUUCUGGUUCAUUGACCAUCAUAACACCCAUCGAGAUUUAGAGUCGCCAAGUAGUAAUAGAUUCAUUGAACAUGGAAACAGUAAAAAUUUGCAGAAUAAUACGGAUAAAACUCAAAAAUUAGUUCCCAAGGAUGGAGCUGAGGUUAUAAUAAAUGUAAGUGGAUGGCUAUUGCAUUUGUUUAUAAAUUUCGAUAAUUCGUUCUUUGGAUUGUAUUUGGAGCCGUUUGAAAAGCUGUUAUAUAACCUGGCAGAUAGCUAUUGCUUGUCGAGAAACGUUUACAUGGUGUCGCUGGUUUUGUGUUCAAUUCAACGCAUGGUUAAUCCACAUCUACCAUUUGGAGCAGAAACUUUAAAGCUUGCAACCACUAAAACAAGCACCUCGAUACUAACAUUACUGCUGAGGAGAAGUAAGUGUGUAACAUACAAGAACCCGUUGGUAGCAAAACUUGCAGCACAGACACUACUCUCAAUUGCACUAUUUAUGAAUAUUAACUCAACACUACCCUCAGCCAAACAAAAUAAUUAUUAUAAAGAGCAAAAACAGACAAAUCGGGAUGAAAACAAAAAUAAAGAAGAUAAAGAUAAAUAUACAGAAAACUUGUUAGCGAUUCAGUUAUUGAUAGAAUUUGAAGCAUUUGCAAAUGACGAAAAUAAGGAAAAUUUGGAACACUUGUGGCUUCUGUCAGUCCAUUGUUUGUCGAUAAUAUUCUCAAUAGGGCCUCAUGAAAUAUCAAACGAAGCGAUGAAAGGACUAAAUAAAUUGUUGCUGCAACAGCCGUACCCGAAAAGCAAGUCCACACUCACUUCACAAAUUUCAAGAAUUUUCGAUUAUAUACUCUCGCCAAUGGUCACGCUCAACUUCUGUUACCCGUUACCGAAACAAAUACAAUCUAACCUGAGCAAUAAGGAUGAAAAGGAAUUUGAUAAAAAUACUGAUACGAAUGAAAAGAAUAAGACAGGAGAUUACACUAUUUUGGGGCCAUUUAGUACUAACGAAGACGGAGUGGAAAGUUUGUGGAUGAGUGGUGUUAUGAAUGAGUAUUUGAAUAAUUUUGCAUUUAAGGACUUUGACGAUUUGGCAACGAGAAAGGCGACAGCAACAAACCUGAUCUGCCAUGCACUUUUAUCAAAACUUACACAAGUACUGAGUGAACAGUGUGAACCAGUAGAUCCUGAGGUACUCAAGACCUCAGCAAGUAGUCUUGAAUGUCUUUUAUAG